GUAAAGGUUAUAUUAAGAAGAUGUGAAUCAUUCAUGUUGCAUCCCUUUUCAAGCUUGGUUUUAAAAGUAUUUACAGAAAUUUAAGUGAUUUUCUAGGAGCUAAAUGUGUCCCCUCGACCAACUGUUACUUCUAUUUCUGAGGUUCUGGUGUAUACUGCAAUAAUGUCCCAGUUUGAAGCGUAUCGUGGAAUUUUUAUUCAAUCAAAGGAGUCAAACGAAGAAUUCAUAAAAGCUUGCAUAAGGGAACUUCAGCCAGUAUGUAACAGUCCUAUAAAAAGAGUUGUGCCUUAUGGAGGUAAUGGAAUUCAAAUGUAUUUCAAGAAUGAGAGAACAGUAGUAACUGUUCUGAGACGGAGAGUAUUAUUAGUGUCAGGGAAAAGAUGUGAAAUGUGUCCUUUAGUAACACAUUUAACUAUACAUAAGGUUAUUCCGAAUAAUGAGCAUGAUGUACAAAAAAAGCUUUCCGAUAAGCUGCAGCUCUAUGUAGGACCAGUACUAAAAAUAAAUGAACUUCCAAUAUCGAAGGAAUAUCCAUCCAUAGGCAGUGGUAAUUGGAGAGUUGUUAUUGAUAUUCCUGAACUCGAAGCCCUAAAAGUGUUUCAAAAUCUCAAGAAAAAGAUGCUUAAAAAUUCAUCGAACGAAACGAGCAUUCAAUUUUUUUACGCAGAAGACGGCAUGAAACUUUCUUUCUUUUGUCGCAAGUGUGAAAAAGAUGGCCAUAUUUCACAACGUUGCAAAAUGCUAUUGAAAAGAAAAAAUAAACCAAGUGUUAAUAAGCCAUCUGGUAACAAUAUACGCAGUAAUACUUGUUUUCAGAAAGGUGCCGCAGCCAGCGCAUCAACUGCUUCUAACAAUCCCAUCCGAGAACAAACUUCCCGUGAAGCCACUGGACAACCGAAAAGAGAAACUUUCAGUACUUCUAUGCGUAAACCAAGUGUAGAUGAUUAUUGCCGGAAACUAUUGCUUUUGAAAACUAAAGUUCUUCAAGAUACUUUAAGGGCUCCUUCCUUUGGUCAGUCAGUAACCACACCGCCUACAAAAAACAUUCUUUCUCCUGUUACAGUGAAGAGUGAAUCACAAUCAGAAAAUGUUCAAAAUACUUUAAGAGCUCCUUCUUUCUAUCAGCGAGUAACCACACCGCCUGCAAGAAGCAUUCCUUCUUCUGUUAACGUCAAGAGUGAAUCACAAUCAGAAGUUGUUCAAAAUACUUUAAGAGCUCCUUCUUUCUAUCAGCGAGUAACCACACCGCCUGCAAGAAGCAUUCCUUCUUCUGUUAACGUCAAGAGUAAAUCACAUUCAAAAGUUGUUCCAGAUAGUUUAAGGGCUCAUUUUCCUAGUCAGCCAGUAACCACAUCGCCUAUGAAAAACAUUCUUUCUUCUGCUACUGUCAAGAGUGAAUCACAAUCAAAAGAUGCUCAAAAUACUUUAAGAGCUCCUUCCUUUAGUCAACGACUAACCAAACCACUUGCAAGAAACACUUAUUCUUUUGUUAAUGUCAAGAAAUCAGAAGAUGUUCAAAAUACUUCAGGAGCUCCUGCUUUAAAUCAGCCAGUAAUCACACCGCCUACAAGAAACAUUCAUUCUUCUGUUACUGACAAGAGUGAAUCACGUAAUCCACGAAGAAAUUCUGUGACUAGGGAAAUCAAGAUUCUUCCGAAUUCGCGAACUGAGGAAUGCAUCCAGAAAGCCGGUGGUGCAUGUAGGCUGAGUCAGCCUCAACUGGAAAUUUUUUUUUAACCAUGUUAAGGGGAAGAAAGACAUUCGUAGAAUUCUGAAAAUGUAUAAGAAUAUGCAUAAGAUAAGCGAGAAAGCACUGGAAGAACAAUUGAAGGAAAUCGUGCGCUUAUAUUACGUUUCAAAAUUACCAGAAACAAAGGAAGAUAAGUCAUUAAUAAGAUGGUUGGAGUGUUUAGUAGAAAGACUCAACAAAAAAAGUCGACAAUUCAAGAAAAAAAAACAUCUGGAAAAAUCUCUCAAAGAAAAACCAAAAGGCAGCAUUUUCAAACACACAUGCACACACAUAAGCGGCUGUAUGUAAGAGAAUAGCAGGUAAGCAAUUAAAAAGUAGCAGCAUAGUAAGAAUCUUUUGCACCUGAAACAGAAACACUUCAUAAAUUAUAUUUGUCUGAAGGAAACUAUAGUUUUGACAUUUUGUCAUUUUCAUAGAGAUUGUUAAGGGCUCGCACCAAGCAGUAGAAUCAAAUGUCAGCUACACAAACCAAAAUAUACUUUUGUGUUUGCAGCACAAUAUUUGAUUUGUUUUUUGUAGAUGUUGGCUACACCUUCCAGGUUUAUUCUCAAGGACACUGAGGCAACAAUGGAAGAGCAUUUUGCAAACCUUGCUAAUAAACUGAACUAUGAGACGACGGCGGCAAAGCGAAAGAACGCUUAGACUUCCACAGUAUUUUAAUUGAGCCAUCUUAAUAAUAAAGACUUUCAGAAUGUCAAAAGAGCCCGAGUACAUCUUUAAUGGAAAUUACUCAAUAUAGCUGAUAUGCAUUGAUGAAACACUUUUACUAUAUCACUUACUCAUGCAUGAUCUUUAUAAUACCUCAGUUUGCCUGCUAAUUUUUUUUUUCCUCAAAUCAACCGAUUUUUCUUCCUCUGGUUGCUCCUUCUGAGACCAAAUUCCUUUUUCUGAUGUCCCGAAAGCGUAAUGACUUGUUUUCAGAAGUUAUCACAGAAUGUCAAACUAUGCCCGUGAUUCCAGAGUGAGCCAUUUUUUUUUUUUUUUUUUUUUUGGAUCAUUUAUAGUGUGCCUUAUACCUUUAUCUCGACAUUCUUAUCAAGGGAGAUUUAGCUUUCUGAUUGUUUCAGUCUUUAUAUCACUUUUUCCAAUUCCUUUUAGGUAAUUUGUUCCAAUUAUGGGUACAAGUGAUACUGUACCAUUACAGUUAAAUUUGUACGUAUGUAUUUAUUAAAACUACGUACUUGUUAAAAACAAUGUUGUAAAGCAGUUAAAACUGACCUUGAAAAUACAGUCAAUUUGUAAAUGAAUUACAAGUUUACUUUGAUUUUCUCAGUAAAAGUAUUGUAAAUAUGAA